AUGGGUUGCUGUGUGUCAUCAGAUAAUGAUUCGGCGAAUCAACGUCUUCAACCUCAUCAACAUCAGGGCCAAUUUUUGAAUGUUCAUGAAUCGAGGAAACGUAGACAAUCGUAAGUUUGCAAUUUUGAAUCCUAAGCUUUUUUAUGCUUGUGUAUCCCUGUUCCCCUAGCUAACAUAAGGGGUUUUAGAAUAAAACCCCUUCUUACACAAAUUAUAACCUAAUUACAGUACUCUUUUAAAACAAGUACUUUGAGUUAAUUACUCUCCCAUCUUCUGAAACUUCAUGACUAACCUAAUUUGUUUGUGAACUACUACAGUACCUGUAGCAAAUCUAGUUACAACAUCUAGAAGAAAAAAAAAUAUCAGCACUAUCAGUUAAUCCAUAGCUACUGUAUUUUUUUCAGAUCAAUGGGUGUUGGAAUGGGUGUCGCUAUGAUGAUGCAACAAGCUGGUGCAAUAGUUGGAGCAGCUCCAGCUCCAGAUCCAGCAGCAAUUCAAUCACAAAUCAGAAAAGCCAAGGUAUGCAUUUAUUUUUUUUUUUCUCACUUGAAAAUUUUUAUCAAAUAAAACCAAGCAUUAUCUUGUUCUAGGCGGAAGGUCGUACUGUAACAAUGGUAAAUGGAGCAUUAUAUUUCGAUUAUCAACUUGUUGCUCGAAUACCUCCUCAUUAUGAUAUAAGAUUGUGA